AUGCCGUACAUCAAACAAGAGGCACAGCCACAAAUCCCCAGCAUUAAGGAAGAAGAACAGGAAGACGAAAUCACCACUUUUCCAUUGAUUGUCAUUGUCAAGAGUGAAGAAGAUGAAGGUAAAAGCGAAGAGAGCGGAGCAGCGAAACAAUCAAGCGAGGGCUCCUUUCAACACCUGACAGCAAAAGGAGAAGGACAAUCGCAACCGGACGACUGCUUAGCUCCACUUUCGGACAGCGAGGACAUCACAUCCCACUCUUCUGACCUAAACACUGAUGAAGAGGAUAAUGACUAUGACCAAAAUGCUUUAAAAUCCUUAAACAAAUACUUCACGAAAGGAAAUUUAAACAUUCACACAAGAACACACACAAAAGAGAAGCCUUUUGUCUGUACACUUUGCGAUAAAGGAUUUUCUCAGAAGACUGAUUUAGACAGGCAUAAGCGUACACACACUGGAGAAAAGCCUUUUGUCUGCACAUUUUGUGGUAAAAGAUUCACCGAUAAGGGAAAUUUAAACCAACAUGCAAGCACACACACUGGAGAGAAGCCUUUCGCCUGCUCCUUUUGUGAGAAAAGAUUUCGACGGAAGUAUGCGUUGACAAUACACACGCGCAAACAUGCUGGAGAAAAGCCUUUUCCCUGCUCAGUUUGCCAUCAAAGAUUCUGUCGGAAAAUAGAACUAAACGAUCACACGAGAACGCACACUGCCGAGAAACCUUUUGCCUGCGCACUUUGCGAUAAAAUAUUUUCUCAGAAGACUUAUUUAAAAAGGCAUACGCGCACACACACUGGAGAAAAGCCAUUUGUCUGCACAUGUUGUGGUAAAAGAUUCGCUCUGAAGGCAAAUUUAAACGCACAUGCAAGAACACACACUGGAGAG